CACUGAUUACACGCGCGCGCGCGCACACACUCAUAUAGAUAUAGUGAAUGUGAAGUAAACCCUGCAGAUCUGUGACCACAUUCUCUCAGAAAACAAAACCCUACUCUUCAAGUACGAUCUGGGUUUGAUCCGAGUUACUGAAGAUGGCAGCAGUGGAUGCUGAAAAUCCUGUUAUUGGAGAAACAACUUGUGGUUCCCUACUACAACAGUUGCAGCAAAUUUGGGAUGAGGUUGGUCAAACUGAUGACGAGUGGCAUGAGAUGCUUCUUCAGAUAGACAGAGAGUGCUUGGAUGUCUACAAGAGAAAGGUUGACCAAGCAGUGAAGUCACGGGCUCACCUUCUGGAGGCAUUGGCAGAUGCCAAAAUUGAACUCUGCAGGCUGCUAGCAGCACUCGGAGAGAAAACAUAUGCUGGAAUUCCUGAGAAGGCUUCAGGCUCAAUCAAGGAACAACUUGCAGCUAUAGCACCAGCGCUGGAAAACUUGUGGAAACAGAAAGAGGAUAGGGUAAAAGAGUUCUUCGACGUACAAGCGCAAAUUGAAAAGAUUAGCAGUGAGAUUGCUGGGAUUAGCGAGCAUGUAGAGAAUCCUAAAGUAGAUGAGUCUGAUUUAUCUCUGAAGAAGUUGGAUGAAUUUCAAGCACAACUUCAAGAGCUUCAAAAAGAAAAGAGUGAGAGACUGCACAAAGUCCUUGAGUUCGUGAGCACCAUACAUGAUCUAUGUGCUGUUCUUGGCUUGGACUUCUUUAGUACUAUCACUGAAGUUCACCCAAGCCUGAAUGAUUCUACUGGUGUACAAUCAAAAAGUAUAAGCAAUGACACACUAUCAAAUCUUUCAAGAACCGUCUUAGCAUUAACAGAAGAUAAGAAGCAAAGACUGCAGAAGCUUCAAGAAUUAACAGCUCAGCUGAUUGACUUAUGGAAUUUGAUGGAUACACCUGAAGAAGAAAGAAGCUUGUUUGACCAUGUUACCUGCAACAUAUCGGCUUCAGUUGAUGAAGUGUCUAUUCCUGGGGCUCUUGCUCUUGAUCUGAUUGAACAGGCUGAAGUGGAAGUUGAAAGACUUGAUCAGCUAAAAGCUAGCAGGAUGAAGGAGAUUGCUUUCAAAAAGCAGGCAGUGCUUGAAGAGAUUUUUGCUCAUGCCCACGUAGAGAUUGACUCUGAGGCUGCUCGACAGAAGAUUAUGACACUAAUUGAAUCAGGGAAUAUUGAGCCUGCUGAGUUACUCACAGACAUGGACAACCAGAUUGUAAAGGCAAAUGAAGAGGCUCAUAGCAGGAAAGAGAUAUUGGAAAAAGUUGAGAAAUGGAUGGCAGCUUGUGAAGAAGAGAGCUGGCUUGAAGACUACAACAGGGAUCAGAACCGGUAUAAUGCAAGCAGAGGUGCACACUUAAAUUUGAAGAGGGCCGAAAAGGCUCGGAUAUUGGUCAACAAAAUUCCAGCUCUUGUGGACUCCUUGAUUGCUAAAACAAGAGCAUGGGAACAAGAUCGGGACACCACGUUCACAUAUGACGGUGUUCCACUGCUUGCCAUGCUAGACGAAUAUAUGAUGCUCAGGCACGAUAGAGAAGAAGAGAAAAGAAGGUUGCGGGACCAGAAGAAGUUCCAUGAGCAGAUAAGCAAAGAACCAGAAACACCAUUUGGAUCAACACCAAGCCCUGCUCGACCACUUGGUACAAAAAAGGUGGUGGGUCCACGAGCAAAUGGGAGCGCCAAUGGGUCAGCCAACAGAAGGCUGUCUCUUAAUUCACACCAAAAUGGUUCCAGGUCAACAACUAAAGAUGGGAAGAGAGACCACUCAAGGAAGGUGGCUCCUGUGAACAAUUUUGCCAUUUCAAAAGAUGAUGCAGCCUCUCACAUUUCUGGAACUGAACGUAUUCCCAGCACACCAUAGUAACUACUGAAUAAGAAACAUAUAUGCGAUAUCUUCGGUCGUCAUUAGUUGUCCAGUUCAUGUAGCAGGAUAAACAUUUUGAUGAGUGGUCAUGUAGCGGAGACCAACUAGCUAUUUGUGUUAUAGUGGCAAUAUCAGCAAGUCUCUUUUAAAAUUUGUC